GUGGAUCCCCUCCCCACGGCAACACGGCUUCGCUUCCACAGCACGGCGACCGGGGCUUCCCCUCAGCCGCCACCGGUCAAGCUCCGUCAGGUCCACGAUCAGCUGCCGCUAUGCAGUUUAUGUUGCUUUUUAGUCGCCAGGGAAAGCUUCGACUGCAGAAAUGGUAUGUCCCACUGUCAGACAAAGAAAAGAAAAAGAUCACAAGAGAACUUGUUCAAACCGUCUUAGCACGCAAACCGAAAAUGUGCAGCUUCCUUGAAUGGCGAGAUCUAAAGAUUGUUUACAAAAGAUAUGCUAGUCUGUAUUUCUGCUGUGCAAUUGAGGAUCAGGACAAUGAACUAAUUACCCUGGAAAUAAUCCAUCGUUAUGUGGAGUUACUUGACAAGUACUUUGGGAGUGUGUGUGAACUUGAUAUUAUCUUUAAUUUUGAGAAGGCUUAUUUUAUUUUGGAUGAGUUUCUUUUGGGAGGGGAAGUGCAGGAGACAUCCAAGAAAAAUGUCCUUAAAGCAAUUGAACAAGCUGAUCUACUGCAAGAGGAAGCUGAAACCCCACGUAGUGUUCUUGAAGAAAUUGGACUGACAUAACUCUUCUCCCUUGUUGAUGACUUCUUGUGGCAUUUCACACUUGUAGAUGGUCACUGCCUUCAUGUCCAUGUUAGCUAAUGGUGUAAGAUGAUGUCUUGUCAGUAUUAACUGUUUUGCUAAGCUGCUUCAUUCAGGCCUACACAAUUUUUUUUAAAGGGAACUUUGGUGAAUCAAAGAUGAUAAGUUAAGGGACUUAAAUUAUGUAUUGGAAAGAUAUAGAAAAAGAAACCUUUUGGGGAUACUUUAUAGAUCCAUUUCUUUUAGUUGAUUAUGUGCAUAUAUAAGAAUGAUAUCUGGAUAACAUGUAUCUCAAACAAAUCAUGCAAAAUAUACUUACUACUGGGUUUGACCAAGAAAACUCAAAUUUGAAUGUGAAAGCUGGUUUUAUGGAACCAAAGACUAGAUUAGGGCACCAUUUCGGCCUGUCUAAGAAUAAAGGGAAUUGACGUGUUACAGAUCAAGUGAAUGAAAAUUGAGCUACUGAAACUUUAAGCAAAAUCCAAAUUUAUACGAAAGACCUAUAUUGGAUACUCCAUACCUUAACGCCAAACAAAAAAAAAGCAUCCAUUGUUUUUGAUGACGAGAUUGGAAUGAUAUUGUUUUACAAUACAAAUUAAUAAUAUGAACAAACCAGAUGAGGGACAAAGAAUGUUUCUUAAUAGCACAUAAAUUAUUAAGAGGCCAAGGUCCAUUUGAUUCCUGAAGAUGAGUUUUUUGAGGUCCUCUUCAUUUACUUAGUUUUUUGAUGGCCCAAAAUAAAGUGAGAUCAUCAGUUUGCCAGGAAGUUUUGGUAACAGACUCUUCCAGAAUUUGUUAUGGAUGGUUCUUCUCAACGUUGCAUAAAAUCAAUCUUGAAAGUACCAGUGUUCCUUCUGGGGUGCUUGUUAAAGCCAAAUUUAUUUCGCUUCUCUAUUGCUUCCUUGCAGUUAGAAGUGCUAAAACACUUGACAGCAGCUUCCUUUCCUUCUGUGGCAUUGCUUAGCGAGCAGAACAUUAACAAAAAUUGAAAAACCUUUCGUAUUACAAAGUGAGAGUUGAAUGAAGUAAAAUGGCACUAACUGGCACGCUAUUUUUCAAGCCGUGUAACUGUUCGACAGUCACUUUCAUACAUUAUCUAAACAUGUCCUGGUGUUCACACUUUCCCUUGUAUAUAUGCUGGGCUGGAUUAAGCUUUGUUGUGAUUGUAAACAACAAUCAGACCACAUGAGCACUGUCUUAUCACAUCCAGUUGUAAUAAAUGUUCACCAUAUAAACA